GGGAGUUGAUGGCUUUGACACCCUGUGUAGUGCACUUUAUAUACAAAGGUCAGCUAUUUGGGAUACAGCCGCCUAAUAACAGACAGUAGGGAGUGUAUGAUGAACUUGCAAACUAUAAUCAUAUCUUAAGAGCACAGACUCAAUGAGAGGGAGCAGAGUAUAACUACCUCUCUCUCUCUCUCUCUCUCUCUCUCUCUCACACACACACACACACACACACACACAUACACACACACACUAACGGCUAUAAAACCACCACACACACCUGCAUGCGUCUCCCCUCUCCCAGUGCAGUGAGAUGGCUGUGCUGUACACUACAACACUGUUGAUCCUCACAGUUGUGUGUUCCACAUACACACAUACUACACUGGAGUUGUCUGGUGUUGUGAAGUGCGGUACGGGACGCUCAACACUCGCUUACAUCAUGUACGGGUGUUACUGUGGAGUAGGAGGAGAGGGGUGGCCCCGAGACCCUGCUGACUGGUGUUGUCACAAGCACGACUGCUGUUACGCCAAAGUUGAGGAUCGAGGCUGUCACACCAAGACACAUACAUAUCCAUGGAGCUGUGACAGCCAAUCACUGGACUGCGGCUCUCUGACGGACCGCUGUGAGAAGAUGUUGUGUGUGUGUGACCGAGAAGCAGCGCAGUGUCUGAAAAAAGCACCAUAUAACUUCAAAUACGCAGCAUGGCCCGACUUCCUGUGUGGACCUGAACUACCGACAUGUGCUUACUAUUGACACACACACUGACACACACACACACACACACACACACACACACACACACACACACACACUAUUGACUAAAUAGCUAAAUAAAACCUAAAUCUAUUACAAACCUUAAAGGAGUUGAUCAGCCAUGUUUAAUAUUUAACAUUUACAUCUCUAUUUAAGGCUAAUGUAGCUAAAAGGCUUAGCCGCUAACAUGUUAGCAUUGUUGUGGAGUUGCUCAGCGUCUCACACAGCUUCACCUUGAGGACAAAUCACUUUCUUCUUCAUUAAAUAAUGUUAUUAUUUUUAUGAAAGUCAUUAAUAAUGUUAUUUGAAUCGAGCGUGUGGUGAAGUAAGCCUCCAUUUUGCAUGAUGCUAAUCCAGCUUGUUAGCCUUACAUUAGCCUCGUAGCUCGAGUGCACAAAUAAAGUAAACAUCAGACACCGAUCACAUCUGACGGUUUUGGGGUUUUUUUUCCACGUAAAUGAGACGUUUUGGACGUAUUAUUUAUAAUUAAAACAUCGCUUUGACACCAAUACUCAACCCGGAAUGAUUUCUUUUUAUAGUUUUCAAAUAAAAGCUGCACUGUUUGUAGGAAAUAUCAGGCAUUCCUGUCAUUACGGGGACAUCUGG